CUUCCUCCUCCCGAAACACCCCCCCCUCAAAAACAAAAGUCGAGACCAGCAUCCUCUGUGCAUGACCGGAAGAAAAAUGGAGAAAAGGAGAUUACCUAGGUCACUGGUGUGCGCCUGUACGGUUAUGCGGCUGUCUUCUAACUCCGAUCGGUGCCUAAACGCAGCGACAAAAGCUUUGGAAUGCACAGAAUUUUGUCAGAGAAAUAAAGAAAUUCAAAGCAAGCAAGUUAUUCCACACACUGGUGGCUCUAAAGCUAAUCCUAGAAGAAGAAAUGAGUUGGAACAAAUUGAAGUAGGUUUGACUCAAAGCACAGUUGAUGAAUAUGAAGUUUCUCCUCUAGAUGUUGUUGGUAGAGUGUUAGGGCCAGAGCACUCUAGGAGAGUACGAUGCAUAGGAUUGGGUGUUGUUCCUUCUAAUACAUUUAGGAAUACAAGAUUUCAUGUUUCUAGCUUGAGCUCUUCUUCAUCUGGUGUUGCCUUUCCAUCUUCAAACCAAUAGCAAGAGAAAUACAACAAUUUAGAAUCAGCUUUUAAGGCCUACAUGAUAAUGAAAGAAGGAAGGAUUCUUGAAGAGUGAUGGAGGCCUAUGGGCCAAGGGCCCAACUACUAGGGCUAUAGCCAAGAGGAUACAUGAAGAAUGAGUCAGUGCUAAAGAAAAGCCCAUAGUUCUUUUUAGUUGGGCUAUAACCUAAAGCCCAUGUAGAUUAGGUUUGGGCCCAAUGGGUUUGUAUUUUGUUUUUGGGCCUUGUAUUUUGCCAAGUAGUCUAGGAAUUUCAUUUCAUUGUAAUUUGAAUUUAGGUUAAAGAAGAGUUUCAUGUGCAUCUCAAUUUAAAUGUCAUUAGCAUUCCAUUUAGAGUGCAUUUCGGCCAUAUGCACUCAUGCACAUGGAGUGACCGAAAUUCACUCUCAAAUGCAUGCUAAAUAACAUUCAAAUGGAGUAACACAUGGGGGUGACCGGUUUGGCACCAAAAUUUGAAUUUAAACAUUCAAAUUUUGGCGCCUAAGGUUUAGUUAACCAUACCAUGGUUUAAUUAAACCUUAGGUUAGCCAAACUUUCCUAGCACACUUCAUUAGCCUAUAUAUUUCCUUUUGGACGUGUAAUCUCACAC